AUGUUAGAUAAAAUUACUCAACGUGAUCGACAACAAAUUAAAAAAUCUACGACACAUCAAAAGAAAAAACUAGAUUACUCUCAAAUAAAUACAUGUGAUAAAAUAAUCGAAUUAACAAAUGAACAAGUACAUGCUGCUCUAAUAUCUCUUAUAACAAUUGAUAAACAAAAUCGAACAGUUGCAUCUCGUAAACGCCGUCGAAAUAAAUCAAUAGAAAAUGUCAACAAAAAACAUAAACAAAUCUAUCAUGAAAUUAUUUUAUCGAAUACAAAUCAACCAGAAACAAUUGUUCUUGCUACAAGUGCUCUUAAUACUCAACAAAUGAAACAAAUUAAAAAAUUUGUUUUACUUUUUAAUUGUCGAUUAUUAUUAUUGGAUGAUAAAACAAUAUUUAAUCAUACAAUAACACAUUUAAUAACAGAUGAAAUUGGACAAAAUGAUUCACUUAUAUGUACAUUAACCAAAAAUGUUGUUUGUGCUAUUGCUCAACAUUGUUUUAUUCUUUCUUAUCGAUGGAUUAUUGAAUGUUUAAAACAAAAUACAAUUAUCAAUGAAGAACAAUAUGAAAUCGAAGGUGAUAAUAUUAUUUCAACAAAACAUAAUGGUCCACGUCGAUCACGUUUAUCAAAACGACCAUUAUUACCACUGAACCAUUUUAUUAUGAUUAAAGGUGAUAAUCGACAUUUUUUAGAUUUUACAAAUACAGAAUUAGGUGAUAUAGCUUGGUUAGCUGGCGGUAUUUAUAUAGAACAAAAUCGUUUUCCAAAUACGGUUUUUCCUAGACAAUGUUUUUUAUUAAUUGAAGACGAAGAUAUAAGAAAUAAAAAUAUGUUUCAUCGUUGUAUUGAUAAAGGUUUAAAAUUUCUUCGAAGUGAAUGGUUAAUACGUUCAAUUGUUGAAUAUCGUAUGGCUAAUAUAGUACAAUAUCAUUGUGAUCCAUUUGAUACUAUUGAUCGGUCUGAAUAA